AGUGGCACCCCCUCCUUGCCUGUUAUCGCUUCGCCCGCUCCCCCCUUUCCCUCCCUAGCGCCGGAGAAAGCGAGAGGGGAAAGUGCCGGAGCGGCGAGCGCAUAGCAACAGGAUUCUGGGAUGAAGAAGAUUCGGCAGCAGCAUCUUCGGAAGCCAGUGACACCAGAGCUCCUGGUGAGCCCCAGCAGCCAGGACGGGGACCUGGGCUCCGAGUGCCCAGAAGACAGAGGGAACUGGACAGGCCGGCUGGACUUCCUCCUCUCCUGCAUUGGAUACUGUGUGGGCCUUGGAAACGUCUGGAGGUUCCCCUACAGGGCUUACACCAAUGGAGGAGGGGCUUUCUUGGUUCCUUACUUCAUCAUGCUGGCCAUCUGUGGGAUCCCCAUCUUCUUCAUGGAGCUGUCUCUUGGCCAGUUCUCCAGCCUUGGGCCCCUUGCUGUCUGGAAGAUAAGCCCUCUCUUUAAAGGCAUUGGCAUGGGCACCAUCCUCAUCGUCUCCCUGGUGGCCAUUUACUACAACAUGAUCAUUGCUUACGUUCUCUUCUACCUCUUUGCAUCCCUCACAAGUGACUUGCCCUGGCAGCACUGCGGCAACUGGUGGAACACUGACCUGUGCCUGGACCACCACGUCAUCAAGGCAGGGAACACCACCUUCCCUGCCAACAUCACCAACACUGUCAGCCCCAGUGAGGAGUACUGGAGCCGGUAUGUGCUGCACAUCCAAGGCAGCUCUGGGAUCGGAGAUCCCGGCACAAUCCGCUGGAACCUGUGCCUGUGCCUGCUCCUCUCCUGGACCAUUGUCUAUCUCUGCAUCCUAAAGGGAGUCAAAUCCUCUGGCAAGGUUGUGUACUUCACUGCCACCUUCCCAUACCUCAUCCUGCUGAUGCUGCUCGUUCGUGGCGUGACCCUGGAUGGGGCCUGGAAGGGGAUCCGCUUUUACCUCACCCCCCAGUUUGACCACUUGCUGUCUUCCAAGGUGUGGAUUGAGGCAGCCCUGCAGAUAUUUUACUCCCUUGGAGUGGGCUUUGGAGGCCUCCUCACCUUCGCCUCGUACAACACUUUCCAUCAGAACAUCUACAGGGACACCUUCAUAGUGACCCUGGGCAAUGCCAUCACCAGCAUCCUGGCAGGGUUUGCCAUCUUCUCUGUUUUGGGAUACAUGUCCCAGGAGCUUGGGGUCCCUGUUAACCAAGUGGCAAAAGCAGGGCCUGGCCUGGCUUUUGUGGUGUACCCCCAGGCCAUGACAAUGCUCCCUCUUUCUCCAUUCUGGUCUUUCCUGUUCUUCUUCAUGCUGUUAACCCUGGGCCUGGACAGCCAGGUAAGGACAGAGUCCACCGAGCCAGCCGUGGUGCCCAGGCAGCCGGGGGGGCUCAGAGGACCCUCUCCUCCUUUGUUGCAGUUUGCCUUUAUGGAGACCAUCGUUACAGCAGUGACAGAUGAGUUUCCCUACUACCUGAGGCCAAAGAAAGCCUCCUUCUCAUUUGUCAUCUGCAUUGUCCUCUUCCUGAUGGGGCUCAUCCUCACGACAGAGGGUGGGAUGUAUUGGCUGGUCCUGCUGGAUGACUACAGCGCUGGCUUUGGUCUCAUGGUGGUGGUGAUCACGACCUGCCUCGUGGUGACACGUGUCUAUGGCAUGAAGAGGUUCUGCAGAGACAUCCACAUGAUGCUGGGCUUCAAACCAGGGCCCUACUUCAGAGCCUGCUGGAUGGUCCUGUCCCCAGCAACAAUGCUGGCUUUGCUGGUGUACAACAUUGUCAAGUAUCAGCCCUCUGAGUACGGCAGCUACCGCUUCCCCGCCUGGGCUGAGGUCUUGGGCAUCCUCAUGGGAGUCCUCUCCUGCCUGAUGAUUCCUCUGGGCAUGCUGGUGGCUGUGCUCCGAGAAGAAGGGACGCUGUGGGAGCGAGUGCAGCAAGCCAGCCGGCCCACCAUGGACUGGGGCCCCUCGCUGCCGGAGAACCGCACCGGCAUCUACGUGGCCAGCCUGGCUGGCAGCCAGUCCCCCAAGCCACUGAUGGUCCACAUGAGGAAGUAUGGGGGCAUCACCAGCUAUGAGAACACAGCCAUCGAGGUGGACCGGGAGAUAGAGGAGGAGGAGGAGUCCAUGAUGUGAUGCGAGCCAGCA